AUGACAGAAGGAGUUUUCUUUGUCAGCUGUAAUGACAACUUGUGGAUGAUGGCCACCCUUCGCGAGUUGAUCAUCGAAGUUGCGUUGUUCAUCUUGCUCUAUGGCUUUGAUAUUGGGACAGACAUCAGCGUGUUGUUGGAAGCGCAACAAACUUAUAACGAUUACAGAAGCCUGUUUCAAAAUUCUAACGAUAGUGCACGCAAUGAAUCGAAACAAAUUGGGUUUUGUUCCAGUGGUCCUUGGAACACAGAAGACUAUCAAAGAAACUUAGGGUCUUUUGACAGCACAUUGAUAGCAAUGAAAGUCUUUCUAACGUUAGCGAGCUUUCUUUUCCUUUUGUAUCUGGCUCUUCAUAUAUGGAUCAUUCAUCUCGUUAUUGAAGACCCCGAUCUAGAAGAACACGAAAUCGAAAAGUAUAUCACGGCAAAAUUUGUCUUUGGGUUGACUUGUAGCAUGGUUCAAGACAUCUCUUUGACCAGUCUCUCCGUUGAUUUGUUCGUCAAACGCGCCGGACCUAAAGGACUCAUUUGUUGGGGAUGUUAUUACGAUGAAACUUGCGUGGAUAAGUACAUCCUUGGAAAACGUUUCGAUCACACAACAACACUUCUCGCCAUCGGCCUUACAGCUGUGGUGAUUUUGAGCCUUUACAAAGGUUUUGUUAUAUUCUAUCGAUGGAGCCGAGUCGACGAAUGCCAUUGUUACGAAAUCCGUGCGUGCGUUUCGUUAUUUGUUGGCGGUUGUUUCGCGCUCGUUGUUUUGACUCCGUGUUUGGCGCUGUUCAAGUUCGCGUUCUUCACGCUUCCUUCAGAAUCUGAAAAUGUGUUCAGUGGCAUAACUGAUAGACUGUUUAUGAUCGGUGUCAUGAUAUGGGGUGUUUUCAUUGUAAUAGCCUUUUGUUGUCCCCUGCUACGUUUAUGUUUACGCAAGUCGCGCAGAGCCUGACAAAAUGUUUUAUGCUUCAGAACUGAAGAGUACAAAAUGAGAUGAAACCUCAUGUGGUUGCAUCUAUUUUCUUUUGAAGAUGAACGGUGAGCCAAGUCGAUUCAAUGCUUGA